AAUUACUUAAAAAUGGAUCGAAAAAUGAUGUAUGCAUUUAGAGGAUGGAUUGCUUUUGUAGCCUUCAUGGAUUUCGGUACCGCAAUUAGAAGUUACAUAGAAAAAAGAUCUUUUUUAAGCAAAACUAUUUUAGAACCUAGCGAAUUUAUAGAUGAGGAAUACACUACGUCAAGAAUUUUAGGAAUUUAUUCAAUAUUAAAGUCUAUAGCCUUAGUUCACUGCACUUUAUUUAUACAUUAUAAACCUAUAGUCAGCAUGGGUAUUUGUUCGUUAGCAAUCACAAUUAUUUUAUACUUAAGCGAAACACUGUUCUUUAGAUCUGCCACCUUAAACUUUUAUGUGGUAUUCCCUUGCAUUUUAAACAUGGUAACUCUCGGAGGUCUUAUUUACUUGCCGAUAAAAGCAAAACUGUGGGAUCCUGGCUGUGACGACGAUGAAAAUGCUCAUUUACUCCGCCAAGCAGGGGCUUUAAGAAGGAGAAGGGCUCGAAAAAAUAAUUAGACUAAUUAUCAACGCCAAAUAUAUCAAUACUAGUCAUUUACAAUUGUAUUUAUUAAUAAUAUUUAGGAAAGUGCAAUAAUAUUUUUUACACGCUGUUUGAGGACUGUUAUAUAAUACUUAUUAACUAGGCUUAAUCAAGUUUUUAACGAUUUUAAAAUACAAAUGUUAAACUGCCAA